AUGUAUGUUAUCGUUAUCAAUAAUCCGAAGAUUCGACAAGCGUUGCUCAAAGAGCAAGAUCCCGAUUUGGAGAAAACUGAAAAAAUCAUUCAAGUGGCUGAACGUUUAGAAGAGGAUGUUCGUCAUUUUGGAACAUCGAUCAAUCAUACAGACUCCACAAUAGCCAAAGUUCAACCAAAAAGAUUCAACCAACGUCCGGCGACGCUAAACAAGCCAACGCCGAAGGUUGAGUACAAACCAUGUCAAACUUGUGGAUCAACCAAUCAUCCACGCUCAGAAUGCAAGUACCGUGAAUUUACUUGCAACUUCUGUAAACGCUCUGGUCAUUUAGAGCGAGUGUGUCAAAAGAAAAAGGACGGAAAGAAGACGACAAAACAGGUUAAAACGUCGCAUAAACUUAAGCAUGUCAAUCAACGCACAUAG